CAGUGAAACCGAACUCAGGUUCUUACUACUUUUCCGAUUCCCAUUUUCAAAUAUUCAAUUGAGAUAUGCUUUAGCCUUCUCUGCGGUAGCCACAAACUUAGCAUGUCGGACGCUCUCUUCAGUCGACAGCAGCAACAACUGGUUCUCUCCGGUACCGGACCUAGCUCCGAGUAUCUUGAUUUCGGUUCUGUCAUCGUCGAAAUCCUCUCAUGGCUACCCGCCAAAUCAUUACUCCGCUUCCGGUGCGUAUGCAAACCAUGGCGGGCCUUGUUCUGCGAUCCUUAUUUCAUCAGUAGACACCUCAGCCGCAUCAACACCAAAACAAUCAACAGCUACUCUCUCUUUGUUAAGGAGAUCUCCACUUUCCGAUCAAUGGACUGUGAAGCAUUAUUCAAGUAUUCAAGCCAUGAUGAUGGUCCUGUUCUGAGCAGAGAGCUUCAUUUUCCGAUACUUGAUCCGCCAUUUGAAUUUUACUAUAUAGAUAUCAUUGGUUCAUGCAAUGGCUUGAUAUGCCUACUACUUGAUUGGAAUACUUCAGUUAUUAUGUUAUGGAAUCCUUGCACAAGAGAAUCCAAGGUGUUACCGCAACCUUCUAUUAAGAACCUCCCAAAGUUUUAUGGAUUCGGUUAUGAUUCCACAACCGAUGAUUACAAGGUGUUUGUGAAGCUACACUGAAACUACAAAGGGUGAUAAGCUGUAGAAGUUCUAGAACUGUGGCAACAAACAUCACCUAAUAUUGAAGGCCCUGCUGAUUCUGCCUUCUUGAUCAAUGAUCUGUAGUGUAUGGUAGAUCACAUAUGACGAACCCCUUCUGCUCCUCAUGUGUCUUCUAAUUCAAUUAUCUGUGGAGUAUCUGGAAUUCUGGAUGCCUAAUUAUGCCAGAAUUGACUUGUUGUAGAGCAAGUCAUUAAUCUGAUUGAAAUCACAUCUGUUGGGAUUGAACUUCUGUAGGUAGUGUUACUAACAAUGUGUGUCAUGCUUUGCUAUGCUUUGUCUACUCCUUUCAUAUAUCUAUUUUUUGCAUCUUGGCAUCUUGUUUUGCGCACUCUUCGUUAUGUCUUUGCACUUUGAAACACAAUAUAAAGCGACCAAGGAAGCAAGUGUAAUCCCUACUAUCUGGUUCAGCUGCAGGAAUUUGGUGUGUUGAAAUUGCUAGAGCAUGAAUUGCUGUAACAAUGAUUUGGUUAUCUUGCAUGUGUUGCACGUGAGUGGUGUUGUUGAAUAUAGAAGUUAAGACAUGGUUUAUGCAUCCUUAAACUGUCUUUUAUUCUUGAUGCUGUUUAGAAUUGGAAGAUGAAUGCUCGCAGUAACGUUGGAAGUUUGAUCAUGGUUACUGGAAGCUCGUUCUAAUCUGGAAAUGUUGGAAACCUUUUUGCAUUUUUAAUAACUUUAUAUAUUUCCACUGACCUGAUGUCCAUAGAAUAAUAAAAUGGGUUUUAUUUU